CUGCGCUGCAACGCGAGCUCGACUCUGCAACAGUGCGCGUGGGAUGAAGUCGCGCGCGCGCUUCACAUUAAAAGGACGCGCGUGACGAGCUUCGUAAGACGGCCGUCGCCAUGAGUCGCCGUUUCGGUGUGAUUGGAGGCUACGAAACCGCGGCCGCCCUGCUGAUGAUUAUUAUCGCCUCGCUCUCGAUGUGGGGCGCGUUUCUCAUUUACCGAGCCGUUAAAGGUCAACGAAGGAAAAGGGGCAGCGAAGAUAACACGAACGAAACGGAAAAGGAAGCAGCGAGACGUGGAGGAGAAGAUGAUGAUGAAUGGAGCAAGUCAACAGGAAGUGAUGAUGGAGGCUCUGAGGACUGGGAUGUGGAUUCCCAUGAAACAAUAAUCCCGUCUUCUACAAACUAUACACAAACACCUUUAGACCUAUCGGAGGAAAACCUGAGAAAACCCCCCCAUGAGAACGUGAAAGAACCUACUGCAGAACCUCUGACUGGUUCCAAUGUUGGAGACGCUACUGGAACUGGCAAGGAUCAUAUGAAAUGCAAGCAUGAUGUCUGCGAACCUGCUGAGAGUAUUAGUGUGCAGUCAGAUUUGGCUAAUCAUCAGGAUAAUGGUAACAGAGCCUCUGAAGACAAGCCUGAGAAUAGUGUGAAGGAAGAUACCCAUGAUGAUGAGGAGUCUGAGAUUGAACCGCAUGUAGACAUGGAUGAGCCAUCUGAAACAGAGAGCGCCCAGGAGAUUUUGGAAGCUAAAAAUCUCCCUGUUCAAAAGUGCCAGUCUGUGGAAGAUCUGUUAGACAACACACUCUUAUCCCAAGAAAUUGUGAACAAGCCUAAUGAGGAGGACAUAGCUGUAACUAACUCAGUGUUGGAUGUUUCUGAUAAAACCACAAGUUCAGACACUCUGCAUGAAAAGACAAAGAUGGAAGACACUGAGGCAGCAGCCAAAGUGUUUGAGAAGAGUAUUCCUCAGAUGAAUGACCUUGACCCCUACUGCUAUGAUGAAAAGUCUGAUCUCUUGAGUAAUUUGGCAUCAGAGAAAGUCAAGCCUAAGAAAGAUGUCAGCCAUCAGGACCUCAAUGGCAGCCCCAGCAGCUUGCAGACAACAGUGGGCAACAGUGAUGACAGUUUGGCCACCCAGCAGCAUCUGAGCAGCACAUUUGACCAUAUUCUCACCAAUCCACCGCAGAACUACCUGGGCUUUACUGUGCCUAGUUUGCAAGGGGAAUCAUUAGCACCUUUGCAAGUCACAGAAGAGAGCAAGGGUAAAAUAGAGGUCACACCAGCAGACGAGAGCCAGAAGAAGAAUGAGAUCAGCAUCAUGGAGGCUAUUAUGGACAACAAUGAGUGGCUUAGCACUGGACCACCAGACACCAGAGACCUGCCCUGGCUAACUCCAACUCCGAGUAAGACUGCUUACGGAUUCAAGGCCGACAUUUCUUUGUCUCCAAUUAGAGAUACCACCAGUUUGGGGCUUCCUGCUGAGGAGGUGAUGUCACACCAAGACAAAACAGAUGUGCCAGAGGACACCACCACUGGUGUGGCUAAAGAUGAAGGGGAUCUUUUGAAUAAGAAAGUAGGAACAGUGUUGCCAAUGCCCCAGCUUGUACAGGUCAGCUUUAAAGUGCACUACAUAACGCACUCCCCCAACCAGAUUCUGGCUGUAACUGGGAACCAGCAGGAACUCGGGUCCUGGGAGAGCUUUGUUCCUCUGAGGAGUGUUGAGAAUGGGUUUUGGUUCUGCACCAUCAGUCUCCCCUUGGACAGCCAGGUUGAGUGGAAGUUUAUCCUGGUAGAAGAAGGAAAGAUCCGGCGCUGGGAGGAGUGUGAAAACCGCUAUUUUGCAGUGACUGGGCAAGAGGAGGAGAUUCAUUUCAAUAAGAAUUGGGGGUACGCCUGAAACAAAAGCAUAUCAGUGACAUUCUAUAUAGCAAUAAUAUUCAUCACGGGUGCAUUAUUUCAGACAGAUGUUAGCAUAAAUAUGAUGCAUGAGGCUGUGACACUGUUAAUGUAGCAAUAAUAAUAAUACCAAUAUGCACAUUUUCACCUUCAAUCAGUGAAUAGCUUGUAUGUCAUUUUGGAUAUGCUCGUGUUGACAGCGUUUGUCCUGUGGCUCUUUAACCAGCAAUAACAAUAUUUAGGUGUCCUACACUACUCAGAGAAAUGGUUUAUUUUCCAGUGACUUGUCUGUUAUAGUUGUUAUGCAAUGUAAUUUUGCCAAAUAUUUAAUUAUAUGCAGGGAUGGAAAAUACUUGAGUGAUUGUACUUCCUUACUAUACUUAAAUGUUAUUUUGAGAUAUUUAUACUUUACUUGAGUGUUACUGAAGUUCAAUAUUUGUCCUCCUACUUAAUUACAUUUCCAAGAAAAAAAAAAACAUACUUUUUGCUCCUUGCAUGUUUAUUCAGAUCUUCCAUGUACUUGUUACAAAUCUCAAAGGUCUCAUCCAGCCAUCAACUGUAUGCUUUGUAUAAAUGGGCUAACUGAAUCGAUCGAAUAGCGUUAAUGUAGUUAAUUAAUACUGCAGUGUUUAAGUUGAGGAUGAGCACCCCUGGCCCUACCUCAAUAUUUUGAACUAAGCAAAGACUCAUAUAAAAUGAGGUGUCUUCUUUGCCUCUCAAAAAGGCAUGAGCACCAUCUAAAAAAGCCUGUUGAGGUAAGUUUUGCUAAUUUGCCAACAUUAACUGGCUGUAUUUAGCUAAAUUAGCCUGUUUUCGUGGCUAAUGCCAGGUUAGACUAGUAUUGAUUCCAGUAGCUAACAUAUUUGGCCAAAUCACAUUGUAGCUAAUGGUAAAUAAUGGUUAUUAUAUGAUAUUUUACUUCUAAUUAAUUCAUUAGCAAACUAUGUGUUAGUCAAGCAUAUUGUGCAUGAAAAGUUUGUAGGAGGGACAGCAAUUAGUUAGAUACUUUUAAAUACUCAUACAUUCAAAAGGAGGAAAUUUCUGACUUUCACUUUACUGUUCUGGCAUAAUACUUUUAAGUAAAAUGUUGACACAUUAUCUAUAAUUUCACAUAAGUAUAAUUUCUCAGUACUUUUUCCACCCCUGUUUAAAUACAAAAUAAUCUAAUAUUUAGGUAAGCUUAUCACAAAUCCUUAUAUAUAACAAAGCAGCAUCAGUAGUUGUUAAGUAUGCUAAUCAGUAUUUACACAAAAUUGCCCAGUGCUGGACUUUUUCCUCAUGUCAUCACGUUGUGAUCAAAUCAGGUUUGCAUGUCAGCAUUGAUGUUUAUGUAAUCAGGGAAUGACUUGUGUUGAGAUUGUGGAUUAGCAGUGAGCUACUCGUACAGCUAAAUCCAUUUUCUUAUGGCCUCCUCAGCAACUUGGCACCAUGAUGAGAUUUUGCCUGCUAUCUGGUUUCAUGAAAGAAGAUUUCUACUAGCCAGAUAAGCUAAAAGUUAGGACUGUGCAAAAGUUCCUUAACUCUUCUGUUAGUGGCUGGCAGAAUCCAGGAGUAAAACAAAGCAACAAAAAUACAACAGCAAUUCCAAAAAUUCACAAUAGCACAUAUAAAUAACAGGAAUGCAACACAAUUAAAACAACAUUAAGCGUAUUCAGUCCGGAAAGGUAGUCUCUAAGUGAGUGCUGCAGCUACGUUGUGAAAUGUUCACUAAAAACACAAAUAGUUUCUGUAUGAAUUUGAGAAGUUAACAUAAAUGAUUUGGCCACAUUUUCUGAUGCACUUCCUGGUGCUUACUGAUUUGAAUGUGAGUAAAAAUGUUAGUCUUGGACUGUACUUCAGUGGCUUUAAAAUAUAACAAAUAAUACAUUUAUUUUAUUACCACAACCUUGCCUUAUACAAACUCACAAUGUGCUGCAGUUAGUGUUAGUCCUAGUGUUUUAUAUUGUAAAUAUGUGUUUAUGUAAGCAUCCAAUAGGCUUUUUAAAUAAAAUUUAAAAACUUCA